CACUUUCACAAGAAGAAAGAGAAGGAAAGAGAGUGUAGAACAGUUUAUAGAGAGAAAGCAAAAACAAUUUGAGCAAUAAUGGCGACUUUGGGUGGCAUCAAGGAAGUGCAAGGGAACGAGAACAGUGUCGAGAUCGAAAACCUGGCUCGUUACGCCGUUGACGACUACAACAAGAAAGAGAAUGCUCUUUUGGAGUUUGUGAAAGUGGUGAACACAAAAGAGCAGGUCGUUUCUGGUACUUUGUACUACAUAACCCUUGAAGCAAUCGAUGGAGGUAAGAAGAAAAUUUACGAAGCCAAGGUCUGGGUGAAGCCAUGGGAGAACUUCAAGGAGGUGCAGGAAUUCAAACUUAUUGGUGAUGUUCCUAGUGAGUCCACCUCUACCACCUCUACCACUAGUGCUUAGCUUGGUGAUGGUGACUUUGCAGAAAUUACCAUGCUUAAUUGAAGCCUAAGUUCAUAAUAACGUUAAAGGUGAACUCCAUUUAUAAAUGGAGGUAAAUCCUUCUUGGAAAAAUGAUAUAUAUAUAUAUAUAUAUAUAUAAUUAUCUUUUGACUUAUGUAAAGUUUUUGAAUUAUGUAAAGUUUGUGGAUGGAUGCAUGUUACCUGUUGAAUGUUUGAUUUAGUGAAAAAUCACUUUGAAUGGAUACAUGUAACCACCUUGUUGAAUCUUUGGAUCAUAGUGAAUCUCUUUAAAUUAUUA